AUGGCAGAAUCAGAUGCUGUCGCUAUGGAUGCCGGCACCAGCAAGUCUCUGCGGCAUCGCCUUCAAGACAGCCGCAGGAGCUGGUUCACGCUGGCAAUGUGCAUGGUUAUGUCCCACACUGCAACUUUAGGAAACCGUUCACAAGGCGCCAUGUACGUAGGCAUACGGGAACAUUUCGGCGCCAGCCACGGCGAGGCCUCAUUCCCGCCAUCGCUGCAGGCUUCACUCUGCCUCGUUGGAGGAGUUUUCACCGGAUUUCUCUGUGAGGUGAUUCCUCUGCGGUACAUGUCGCUGGGCAGCUCUCUCCUCUCGUCUCUGGCCCUCAUAGUAUGCUACUUUGGCCUCACGGUGUCCUUCAUCUCAUUCUUCUUCGGGGCAGUACAUGGGCUUGCAGUCAGUGGCAUGUACGUGGUCACAUCAGUGGUGGUGGGCGAGUACUUCGUUCGCUGGCGAGCCACGGCGUACGGCUUGUCCGCUGCAGCCAAAAGUUCGCACUUCCUGACUCCGUUCGUGGCCAACCACAUCCGUGUGCACUACGGCACGCCCGAGAUAUUCCUGCUGCUGGGUGCCCUGUCCCUAAACGGAUUCGUCGCUUCUCUCCUCGUGAAGACGCCGCCGUGGAGGCUGCCAUUCAAAAGCAAGGACGCUGUGCUCACUCGCUCCAACGCUGGGGUGGGCAAGGAACAUUGCCCAGCAAGGGUUCAAGAUACGGAGACAGAUGUCACGCUAACUGGAGUGGAUGGCUUUACGACAGCUGAUGUUGCAUUUGCUUCCGAACCUUUACUAGAAGAGGUGUCGCUAGAUCAGCAAGAUCGUGGGUCGCGACGGACUCUUAGCGGCCCAGUGAUGUCUUUUCAAGAACAGUGCCUGCCUGUCACAGUCACAACACCGCGUAAUGUAUCAAGUGCGUAUUCUGAGGCACAACACACGGUUGAUGAACGCACUGCUGUGGACUUCUCAAUAUCCGCAACACCGUGGGGUAAAAUCAUCGCAUUCUUAAGAGGAACCGUCAAUACGUUCUUUAGAAUUGAUUGGAAGAUCAUCGUCUCACCUUUGUUCCUCUUCGACACUCUGUCGGUUUCCCUUCACAACUACGUCCUAUCAAAUUUCGUUCUUCUCUACCUGGACGUGACAAUCGACAUUCAAUCUUAG